AUGUCUACUGCUCCUCUUCUCGUGAGCCCUCAUGAGCUGAAGGAGCUUGAGAACUCGGGCGCCAAGGUGCUGGACGCGAGCUGGUUCAUGCCAGGAUCUCCUCGCAAACCGAAAGAGGAACUCCUUGCAAAGAGAAUCCCUGGCGCUCAGUUCUUGGACCUGGACGCCGUGGCUAGCAAACAUGAGCUUGGAUUAAAACAUAUGCUGCCCGCUCCUCGCGUAUUCGCAGAUGCGUGCGAGGAGUUCGGCAUUGAGCCCUCUUCCCGGGUAGUUAUGUUCGUAGUUCCCUCGUCGCUGGUUUCUUCCAUGACAUUCCUUAAUUGCAGUUAUGAUACACAUGGCGUUUUCUCCUCUCCACGCGCUCUAUACAUGUUCAGGGCAUUUGGGCAUGCGAACUCAUCCGUCCUGAACGGUGGUCUGCCUGCCUGGAUAGUCGCUGGCUAUGAUACCGAAUCCGGCCCUAUCAAGACCCCAGAAAAGACUGCGUACCCGACGCCAACAUUGGACGAGCAUGUUGUCCGGGGUUAUGAGGAUAUUGUCGCGAACUCGGAGCGACAGCCCACCGCGAGUCCUGAAGCUGAGCUGGUAUUGGACGCUCGGUCUCGUGGUCGCUGGCUAGGUACGGAUCCUGAACCACGAUCCGGCAUGUCUUCUGGGCAUAUUCCGAACUCCUUCUCUCUACCAUUCAACGCAUUCCUCCAAUCGAACGACAUUUCGAACUCGGAUGAGAAGUACACCACAUUCAAGUCACCUGCCGAGCUUGAAAAAGAGCUAUUGGAUGUCCUGGGCCCUGAGUUUGGGCGGCAGGUCAAGCAAGGCGAGCGGCGCGUCGUCACAACUUGCGGCAGCGGUAUGACGGCCGGAGUGCUGUGGCUCGGCUUGAAGCUUCUCGAGGUUCCUAAAAUCGCCCUGUACGAUGAGUCUUGGACCGGGUAUGCAUCGAGGGCAUCCAGCGUCAUCGAGAAGGCUGCAUAG